CUCACCCGGGCACGGGCCGCGCCAACAAAACAGGGGAGGCGGGAAAACCGCCCCUCAGCCCCAAUCCAAUCCCGCGCCACACUCCCCCUUCGUCUUCCCCCGCCGCUCCCCAAUUCGAAACCCUAGCCAGGGUUCCAAAGCCUUCCGGAUCGGGAGCGGAGGCCACCGGACGAUGGCCGACGGCGCGCUGCUCGACCUGCUGCCCCAGAUCCACGCCCUCUUCUCCGACCAGCUCCGCGUGAUUUCGUACAAAUGGUUAAGCCGGAAUUUUUCUGUGUCAUCAAAUGACGCCAAGAGGUUGCUUCAGGAGUUUGUCAACAAACACGGGACUGAUCAUGAAGUUAUUUACAGUGUGUCUGGGUGGUUAAAGAACAAUCCCCAAAAUUAUUGUGUACAACUCACUUCAAGCUCUAAACUUGAAGGUAAUGUGGGAUAUGUUAGAGAAGAACACAUGGCCCCGUUCUUUUGGCUGAUUUAG